GUUGAGCGAGAGGUUCGGAGAGUGUGUGCGCUUCUGGCCGGGUGAGCAGAGCUCGCUGCCUUAUAUGGUCAAACUGUGGACGGUAGAAGCGCAGGAGGCGCAGGGCUUCACUCGGCCACGCUCAGCGAGGGAGCGCACGGAGGCGUCACCGGGCCGCGCCGCUCCUGGGCGGGAUAAGCAGAGGGGCUUUAGCGAGCUCAGGACCGGGACAGCUGCAGCCGAGGAAGGAUGACAGAGCGCUACGACUGCCACUACUGCAAGGAAACCCUGUUCGGACGGAAGUACGUCCUGCGUGAGGAGAACCCAUACUGUGUGAAGUGUUACGAGAGCCUGUACUCCAACACCUGUGAGGAGUGCAAGAAGCCAAUCGGCUGCAACAGCAGGGACCUGUCAUACAAAGACCGUCACUGGCACGAAGGAUGUUUCCACUGCUUCCAAUGCCAGCAUUCGCUGGUGGACAAACCCUUCUCCACCAGGGACGAGCAGCUACUGUGCACCGAGUGCUACUCCAACCAGUACUCCUCCAAGUGCCACGAGUGCAAGAAGACCAUCAUGCCCGGCUCCCGGAAGAUGGAACACAAGGGGAACAGCUGGCAUGAGACGUGUUUCACCUGCCAACGGUGCCAGCAGCCCAUCGGCACCAAGAGUUUCAUCCCCAAGGACAGCAGCAACUACUGUGUGCCCUGCUACGAGAAGCAGUUUGCCAUGCAGUGCGUCCAGUGCAAGAAGCCCAUCACCACCGGGGGCGUGACCUACCACGAGCAGCCCUGGCAUAAGGACUGCUUCCUGUGCACAGGCUGCAAGCAGCAGCUAUCCGGCCAGCGCUUCACGUCUCGUGACGACUUCCCCUACUGCCUGAACUGCUUCUGCAACCUGUACGCCAAGAAGUGUGCCUCGUGCACAACCCCCAUCAGCGGCCUCGGAGGCAGCAAAUACAUCUCCUUUGAGGAGCGCCAGUGGCACAACGACUGUUUCAACUGUAAGAAGUGCUCCGUCUCUCUGGUGGGCCGCGGCUUCCUCACCGAGCGGGACGACAUCCUGUGUCCCGAGUGUGGCAAGGAUGUCUGAAACUGAGGAAUUUGGACGAAACGGAAGCAAGUCAUGGCAGCAAAAAACCCUGAUAAGGCCUGCUAAUAUUAAUGAAUUAAUCGAUUAUAAUAGGCUAUGAACAAGCACAGGCUAUGAACAAGUAAACUUUCUUUCUAUUAAUAGCUUGAAUAGUUGAUAAUGUCACAUAUUUUAGCCACAGACAUUUAUUUUCACUACAGCACAAGUAAUAAGAGCUUCCUGGUGGAACUGAUACUUACACAAAUAUUCUGUCAAUAUUAACUUUAGAAAAUGUCAGUUUUACAAAGUCUGUUACAAUAUGUCAAUGUUGAUCUAUUUAAAAUUUAAAGCACUGUACCUAGUUCCCCUUCAGUGGUUCUGACAUAACACAUUGCAACUAACAGAAAAAAAAAAAAAAACUGUGUGAAGACUUCCCAAUGUUUGUCUGCACCAAACAAGAUUAAUAAAGCAAAUUAAAACAA